AUGAAAGGUGAAACAAUGCAUUUAAAUAGAGUCGAUGGAACUCUUCCUCCACCAGUAGUUCUUCCGUAUGGUCCCUAUGGAAUGUAUGGAAACCCUUACGAAAGACCAUUUGACCCAUUGACUGGUGGAAGUAACUGGUAUCAUUACGGACGAAGAAGAAAGACAGUCAAGCUGGAGACAGACGUGAAGAAAGCAACUAAAAAGAAACCAAGGAAAAGAGUUAUAAAGCAAUGA